GAGACUGGGGGGGGGUGAGGAAAGGGAGUGCUAGCCCCGCCCUCAGUCCCUACCCUUUGGAGGACAGCACUUUUUACACAGCGCGUUUGCCGCCGCCGCGGCCGCCACCUUAACUUUCUUCAUAUUCUGAGUCUCCCUGCCACGAGGAGUCCAGGGAAGAAAAGCGGAGCCGAGGCGCCAGUAUCUACACCUCCCACGCCACUUUCAGCCCAAGCUCGCCCCAGCAGGGAUGGGAGACAAGAUCUGGCUGCCCUUCCCCGUGCUCCUCCUGGCCACUCUGACCCCAGAGCUGCUGCCGGGGGCAGCCGGCUUCACUCCCUCUUUGGACAGCGACUUCACCUUCACCCUUCCGGCCGGGCAGAAAGAGUGUUUCUACCAGCCCAUGCCCCUGAAGGCCUCGCUGGAGAUCGAGUAUCAAGUUUUAGAUGGAGCUGGAUUAGAUAUUGAUUUCUACCUUGCCUCUCCAGAAGGCAAAACCUUAGUUUUUGAACAAAGAAAAUCAGAUGGAGUUCACACGGUUGAGACUGAAGUUGGUGACUACAUGUUCUGCUUUGACAAUACAUUCAGCACUAUUUCUGAGAAAGUAAUUUUCUUUGAAUUAAUCCUGGAUAAUAUGGGAGAACAGGCACAAGAACAAGAAGACUGGAAGAAAUAUAUUACUGGUACAGAUAUGUUGGAGAUGAAACUAGAAGACAUUCUGGAAUCCAUCAACAGCAUCAAGUCCAGACUAAGCAAAAGUGGUCAUAUACAAACUCUGCUUAGAGCAUUUGAAGCUCGUGAUCGAAACAUACAAGAAAGCAAUUUUGAUAGAGUCAAUUUCUGGUCUAUGGUUAAUUUAGUGGUCAUGGUAGUGGUGUCAGCCAUUCAGGUUUAUAUGCUGAAGAGUCUGUUUGAAGAUAAGAGGAAAAAUAGAACUUAAAACUCCAUUGGAUUACUUAACAUUGAGAAAAAGAGGCAUAAAAAUGCAAUAAACUGGUACCAUUAGUAGUCUUUUCCAAGAUGUUUUAUCAUUAAGUGUAAAACAAGUAUCAUUUUAAUGUGAAAGGAAAGUUUUCACUUUCUGUGCAAAUAAUCUUAUCAAUUCAGUUGUUUUUAAGUGUAUACCAGGAAUAUUUUAUAAAAGAUAAGUUUAAUUGAAUGAAGCCAUAUUAAUAAUUGUAUUUUCCUAAUUUUGAAAAAAUUUUUCGUAUGUCACAGUGAAUUAAAGAAAUGAAUAUUGGGUCUAAAUGCAACACCAAAAAUCUGCUUUUGCCCACAACUUCUUUGUAAAUGUGGCAGUUACAAAUCAAUUGUAAAAGUUUUGAAUAUAGUAAGUUAUAUAAAUCAUGUGAAAAUUAUAUAAUUAUGAAUUGAAUAUAUUAAGUUUCCUCUUUACAUAUGCAUCUCUCCUAAAAGAUAAAUAGAAACAGCUCUGAAACAAACAUUUUUAGAAUUUUUAAAACCAAGUAUAUUUCAAUGUAAAAUAUUAACAAAAUGUAUUAGUUUUAUAUACUUAGCCUACAUUCCCAAAAGUUGACAUUUUGUUAAUUCUUGAAAGUGCAAAAGCAUACUUUCUCAUUAAAAUUAGGACAAGUUUUCUCUUUGAAAUGAAGAUAUAGAAUUAAAAGUGUUCUAAAGUGAAGAUACAUAGAUAAAGGUUGGUCAGCAUCCAAAAGGAUGCAUUCUGUCUAGACCUUAAUUAAGGUAUAGAAUUUUAACAGUAAAUAAGAUAAAAUAAAUUUAUUUUUAUAUUAUCUAUCAACAGUGUUAUGUUAGUUCUAACAUGAUUAUUGACUUCAGUAAUACAUUAUUACCAACAAUUGUGAAGGAAAUAUUGCUUAAAAGGAUAUGGUCCUAAUGUAAAUAAAUUUCUCCUUUUCUGAGUUCUGGAUGUUAUCAGAAACAAUUUAAGAAUAUCUGAUCCAAAAUAAUGUUCACUUAAAUGGAACUGCAAAUAAAUAAAUAUCUGGAAUCUGAUGAUCAUGAUAUGCCAAUCCUAAAAUAAAUCAUUAGAGGUUAAGUUCCAGUUAACUGAGGAAACUAUUUGUGGGUUUUAUUUUCUAUAAUUUUUCAGUUUUGAAUUGUCUUUUAUUUGUAUUCAGGUACAAUUUAUGAAACUUACUCUACCAUAAAAUUUAGUACUAAGUGUAGACAUUUAUUAUAAUUUUUAUUAUACAUUUCUAGUCACUUCAUUUAUGUUGAAGUAAGGAUUAGAAACACAGUCCCAAGUUAUAAACACCUCAUAUUUAAAUAAGCCAUACAUACAUAAAAAAAAAUCUCCUAUUUUAUCACAGUCUAUAUAAUCUUACUCAAGUAAUAGUAAUUUAACUUCAUCAUAAAACAAACAAAUUUUAAGUUAUACCCAUUGAUAGUAUUAUAGUAAAUAUGAGUUAGAAACAACUGAAAAAUUUGGGCAUAGCUGGAUGUGGUAGUGCACACCUCCAGCUACUCAGGAGGCUGAGCUAGGAGGCUGACAAAUUUGAGGCCAGUCUCAACAACUUAGUGAGACCCUGUUUCAAAAUGAAGAACAAAAUAAAAAGGGCUAGGGAUGUUGCUCAGCAGUAGACUGCUCCUGGGUUCAAUCUCUAGUACUACACAUAUAAAUUUGGGCAUAGAAGCCAUCAAUAUAUAGUUUAUAUUUAUAUUGUAGGAAUUCUUGACAAGCAAUAACAGUACCCAGGAAAAUUAGUGAUUCCAUUUACAACUUACACUCAGUGGUAUGAAAAAAAAAAAUACAUUUUCCUACUUUUUAUGCCCUAGAAAAAUAGAAGGCUAGAAACUAUUCAGAGACCUUUUUUUUUUUUUUCUUCCUUUGGUAUUGGGGAUUGAACCUAGGACCUCAUGCCUGUUAGUCAAGCUCUCUACCAUUGAGCCACAUCCCCUCUUUAAAAAUGAGGUAAAUGCCAUAUAUAAUUAAUUACCUUAUUUGGCCAAGAAAAUAUUUCAGGUUCUUAAGAGAAGCCCAUGCAGAACAAAGGCCAAUAAGAUCAUUCUUAAUAAAAAGUCCUCCUUUUUCUCCUUUCUGUCAAAUUCAUAAUGAGAAGCAUACUUAUAGUACCAUAAAUAACAAAGCAGGGUACAGAUACAACUACUGCAUCUUUUCUAUAAAACUGUGAUUAAAAAAUUCUACCUCUUAUAUAAGGCUAUUACUGUAUACCACACUUAAUUUCUUACCUAAACUAAGCUGUUACAUCACCUUCUACAUAGGUGAUUUUGCCACUGAUUUUAAACCUAUGAUUCAGUAACUACUCACCAUAUAAUAGUGGCUUUAUUUGGAAAACAAAGAAUUUAGGAUUAUUAAAGGACAAUUAUAUUUUUAUAGACACAAAACAAAAUGAAGAGUGAAAUAUUUAACAAGCAUGUUACCUAUAUUGGCUCAAAAAAUUAAAAUUUAUAAAUGAAGAACAAAAAUCAUUUUGAAGGCAUUUUAUCUGUUUCAUGUCAUUUUCUAAUGUCACUUUCUAAAUUAAAACUAUGCUAACAUGUUUAUCACUUAAGAGCUGAUUUUGUCUUUGCUUAUUAAUUAUAUAAACUUAAAGUACUACAAUAUUUAAGGCCUGAAGUUCAUUCUGAUUUGCAUUUAGAUCAUUAUUAAAGUACUGUUUUUCAUUUGAAUGUCAACAUACAGAAAGUAAAUAACUGUUUUAAAGUAGCAUUGAAAGAAACUACAAAUUGAAAUGUAAUUUCAUGUCAAGUAUAUUUAUUUUUCUUAAACAUAUCUUAAAAUUGAAACUGAGUACAUGUGAUCAUAUAUCUUUUCAAAUGAAAAUCUUUAUCUGAAGUUUCUAAAGAAAUAAAUUCAGCAUGUAAUGAUUUUUUCAUCUGAAGUGUAA